AAAGCAUCUCAUCUUAAUCGCCUCAAUGUUUGUUACACAUAAGGAGUUUAAAAACAGGAAGUAUUUUGUACUCUUCCUAUAUAAUGUGGAAAUGGAAAGGACAAGGUAUAUCGAAUGGUUCUUAACUUCUAUGAUUUUUCAAUUUGGUUCUUUCGCAUACAAUAUUGAUAGGGAAGUUUGCCUGGAAACACCAUUCGUUUUUGCAAUGGUUCAAGACGCGUGCCGUUUCUCAUUAACAAAGGCAAGAAACGUAUUUGAAUCAGAAAUGAGUAAUUGUCCUCGUAGAUGCAAUAUAAAAAUGAAUAACCUGAAAAGCGGUGAAUGGCAUCAACUGACUACAAUAUAUAUAAAUUUGGAUCGUUCAGACCAGUAUUGGACAACGAUCUCUACGAGCUGUAGAUAUGCAAACAGAGAGGAUAUAUCAAUAGAUAUCAUUUGCAAAAGAGAAGCAGAUUUAUGUACGAAAGACAUGGAUUGUGAAGACCAAACAAAGACAUGCUUAUUGGCGGGGCUUAUUGGCGUCUGCGUGUGCAAACCAGGAUAUUUAGGGUUCGGAAACGAAUGUUACAAGGGCAAUUUAAGAUUGAAUGAAAAGUGCAAGCGAAAUGAGCAGUGUUCUGUGGCUUUUGGCUCUGUUUGUCUGGAUGGUACAUGUGUCUGUAGACCAGGAUAUUCUCCAUUUAAUGAAACGGAAUGCUUUUUGUCAGACAUUUCGGAAAACCUAUGUACAUCGACUAAGUUGUGUACAGAUGUAUCCAAGACGUGUAUGUUAACAGGACAAAUCGGCGAAUGUGUUUGCAAUCCCGGAUAUAUAGGAUUCGGAAACACAUGUUUACAGGGAAAUUUGAAACUGAAUGAAACGUGUCAGCGAAAUGAGCAGUGUUCCAAUGUGUCAGGUUCUUUAUGUCAAAACGAAACCUGUACCUGUACUCAAGGAUAUGUUCAACUGAAUGAUUCAGAAUGCGUCUUUUCAUCCUCAGACGGUAGUUUACAAGCACGUUUCCAGGAUCCGAAAGAAAAUAGCAUAGCCGGUUUGACAGCUGGAGCAGUUUUUGGUGGCCUUAUUCUCGGCGUUGUUCUAACUGUCAUCACAGUGACAAUCUAUCAUCAUAUACGCCGCAGGGAAACUAAAGAGAGAAAAUAUCCAAAAAUUGCUCUUUAUAACAACACAUCUGAAGAGGCUGAAAUAGAUGCACCCCAGAGUAAUUCUCGAACGAAUGAGAGAAAGAUUGUAAAUGUGUCACCGUUUGCUCAUUCCGUUGACUUACCAACGAAAAGAAACGUUCAAGAAGGCGGAAAACGGACGAUGAUGAAUGAUGUCGUAAAUAAUGACGUAUACAAUCAUCUGCAUGAAAAGGAAGCAAGUCCUGACGUUGAUGACACCUACGACCACGCCCAUGGUAAUCUUGAUAAUUUGAUGGAAGAAAGCGACUACAGUAAUCUCAAUUCAGAAAGGAGAAAUAAAAAUCAUGAUAUUUCGGUUUCUGAGACUAAUGAUUAUGAUUUCCAAGAACCGGCUGGUGAAUACAUGUACUAUUCAAAUGAAAAAUAGUGAAAAGGCACAAUUAAGUUGCCUUUAAGAUAAUAUUUAAAUACUACUCGUAAAAACUGCUAUUGUAGAACAUAAUUUUCAAAUAAUUAUAAUCUAUUAUCUAUUAGAAGAAAAGGUGACAUAAAACAUAAUAAACGUUUUAAACAAAGUAUUUAGGAAUUAAAGCAUUGAACAUUAUAAACCUUUUAAGGGCAGAUAAGGGCAACCAAACUUUUUUCGUCAAAAUUGAAAAUAUCAACAUGAGUUAUAUUUUAAUAUAUAAACCAAUCAGGCCAUUUAUUUUUUUUGUUUAUAUCAUCUCCCCUAAAGCAAAAUAUUUAGGAGUUAUACUGUUUUCUAUAGUAUAAUUAAACGUGUGUUAAAUGUAAUGUUUUUUAAAGAACUUUUUUCAAAAUGUCAAUUUAUCAUCUCUAUUGUCAGAUUUUUUUAAUACAAGGCAAUGAUUCUAGCUCCGAAAAAGAAACAGAUUUUCAAACUUUCGAACUAUUUUAGCAAACUGAUAAUUUCUCUUUUCAUUUUACUUGUACAUCAAAAUAAUCCUUUUUGUACCCUAAACUUAAACCCAUAGGCCAUGAUUUAUGAUAUUAAAUAACAUAAGUAUGCCUGUUCUUAAAUACUUAAAAAAAGAAAUCAAAAUUUAAAUGACUAAAUAUUUCUUUUCAUAUUCAUUCCUUUUUAUUCUUAUGUUAAAUUUUAAUCUUCUAUUGUGGCCUACACUCUGGGCCUAGGGAUUAAGGAAUAUUCUUAUGCCCAUUUUUUUUUCACAUUUUAUUGUGCAAAUUUCUCUAUACUAUUACAUUUCACACUUCUUUUUUAAAAAAAAGGUAUAAAAAAGUGUAGACAUUUCUAAUCCUUACAGAGGCUUGGUGGUCGUGGCCAUUUUUAGACUAUUUUGAUCUCCUUUAGAAGAAGAGCUCCAUAUAAAGAUAUGAUAAAAUGAAAAAUUGUUAAAAUAAAAAUUUAUGAAAUUUUUCUUUGCCAAAUGAUUGUUGACAGCUUAAGAUACCAUUUCCAAAAUUUAAGUUAUAUCUGGUGGUUAAGAGAAAAAAAAUUGUUGACCAGCUAGCCUCCUUAAGUUUGAUUAAGUUCUUGUUAACUAAUGUUUCUAUACCGACGAACUAUCAAUAAAUACGACUAACAGCAACCUGUAAAAAAGGGGUGCUUAAUUUUGCAAUCUGAUCCAACCUCUUGGUUAGUAAAACGAAGGUGCAAUUUCGGCUUUAGUUUGCCCUAAAAUUUUAUGUUCUUGAAAUUUAUGAAAUUGGCUUCCACAUGAGUUGAAUAAACGAAUAUGCUUAAUCAUUCAAUAAUAGGAUACAUAGGAGGACCUUCCUGGAAAUAUGAUGUCAAUAAUUUACUGCAUUUCUAUAUUUCAUGCAGAAUAGCCUCAAAAUGACUUAUUUUUGUGCUUUUUUUCUUAGGAAAAUUGUGUUUGCUACCGUUACUUAUUUCAAUUUUUGAAUAUUUAGUGUAAACUACUUUUAAAAAAUCACAUAUUUCAAACUCUUUUUGGGAAAUGCAAACACUAUUUGUUUUCUGGAAGAAAUUCCACUGAAAUUGAUGUCGAGAAAAUAUUCAAGUUCAUGACUCACAGUUAGCACUUUGGAGGGCAUAUUAGAAAAACCAUUUGUAUGUUUUUACAGCAUGGAGGUUAAAUUGUUCAGAAAGACGAAUUUUAGCUUUUUACGUCACUUCUAAAUUUCAGAAAAAACACAGGGCAAGAUUUGUAUUUAAACUAUACCUUAAUGUUCUUUAAAGUUAUUAUUUGUUUUAAUAUGUACAUUGUCUGUAGGUGUUUUAGAUCGGUAACUGUUCAUCAUCAUCAUGCUCUUUAUUUCAUUAUUGAUUCAUGUAUAUCUAAAAUUUUGUACUACCAAGGAUAAGAACCAAUAAAAUUUUGUUGCUUAAUCAUUUGUUUUAUUUAAAUAUAGAAUCAUUGUUUGUAAAAAUUUCACCAGGAUGAUAAAUGUUGACUUCAAAGUAAAACGCACUUUCAAAUCAAAACUACUUUCAUCCUGUUCAUAGGCUAUAUAAUUUUCGAUCAAUUUCAAAAACAAUAUAAAAAGGAGCAAUUAAUUAGAAGAAAAAUGCCUUCAAUAUAAAUUGUUCAUGUAAAUCGUUAUUCUGGAAUUCACAUUGAACCUCUACCCCUUUUUCUUUGAUUAUUCAGAGAUGAUAAAAGAAUAAACUGGUUUCCAAGUUUGAUACAUGCUCGUCCCAAAACAAAAAUUAUUUUCCUUUUUUUCGUAGCUUUCAACGAUGAAAUGUAAUUCCUUAUUUACUUAAAAAGUAUUAUGAAAAAGAUACAGAUGUCAAUAUUUGUUUAAAAGUAAAUAUUUAACAAAUCUU